GUUAGCCCAUUCCAUCUCGGAAGAGUUCGGAUUCCGAAGAGGCAAUUCACCGAAAAGUAAGCCCUCGAUUCCUUAAACUUCAGAUCGUUUGAUUCCCCCUUCUUUAAACCCUAAUUCACCCACGAUUCUUGCCAACAAUUUAUUCGAGGGAAGAGGAAAGGGAUCACAAAUCCUGCGAUCCCUGUGAUCUUUCUUGACGAUUAGGAGACAAAGGAUGGCAGCUUCAUCACAAGGAGCCGCGGUCGUGGCGCUUCGGCCUCCCCAACCUCCGCUGGCUAGCGGGAACGGGAGCGACGCCGGCGUAGCAGUGGAGGCCGGAAACCCCAAAACCGAUGUCGAACGGUUCAGGCAUCGUGUUGAUGAGUACAUCUCCAAAGCUAAUGAGCUGGAGCAGAAGGUAAAUGAGGUUGUUGAGUACUACGCUAAUAGGAAACAGCCGAAUAAUUCUAAGGGGAACUCAGGUGGUAAAGAUAAGGAAAAAAAGAAACCUGGUAAUAGUGGAAGCAACAAUAGUGGUAACAAGCUGAUUGACGGGAGUAGAAAGGAAGCUGUUUGCACAAAGAGAAUGCAGGAGCUCAUGCGGCAGUUUGGUACCAUAUUGAAGCAGAUUACACAGCACAAGUGGGCACGACCGUUCAUGAACCCUGUUGAUGUUAAGGGUCUUGGUCUUGAUGACUAUUAUGAGGUUAUUAAAAAGCCCAUGGACUUUGGUACAAUCAAAAACCAAAUGGAAGCAAAGGAUGGCAAUGGAUAUAAAAAUGUUCGUGAAAUAUAUGCCGAUGUAAGAUUGGUUUUCACUAAUGCAAUGACAUACAACGAUGACAGAAGUGAUAUUCAUGUUAUGGCUAAAACAUUACUGGAUAAAUUUGAAGAGAAGUGGCUGCAACUACUUCCUAAAGUUGUUGAAGAGGAGGCAAAACAAAAGGACGACGAGGCUCAAGCUCUUGCAAACAUGCAGAUUGCUCGGGAGGCUGCUUUUGGAAAAAUGGCUAGAGAUACCAACAGUGAGCUUGAUGAACUGAAUGCGCGUUUGGAAGAGCUGAGGAAGUUGGUAAUCCAGAAAUGCAGGAAAAUGUCAGCAGAGGAGAAAAGAAAACUUGGUGUUGGCCUGAGCGCUUUAUCCCCCGAAGAUCUUAACAAGGCUCUAGAAAUUAUUGCUGAAGACAACCCCAGUUUUCAAACUACAGGCGAAGUGGUGGAUGUUGAUAUGGAUGCACAGAGUGAAAUCACAUUGUGGAAGGUCAAAUUCUUUGUGAAGGGGGCAUUGGAGCUUCAAGCGAAGAACUGUGCAAGCAAGGCAGAUGACAACUUAAAGCGAAAGAAGGAGAUUUGUGAUGCUCUGGCAAAGACUGCAAGGAAGCGCAAUAAAAAACUUUCCUCAUUAUGAUGUUGAGUUUGUAAAAAUAAAUCUAGUUACUACCUUCCGGAAACAUUAGUUACUCUCGCGCUUUUGAAGCUGUUGCCUAGAAUAAAAUUUUUAGCUUCAAGGGAUGACUGUGAGAGCAACCACUUUGUUGUUGUGAAAUUGAUCCAAGUUACAAAAUGGAGAGUUUACCUUACAGUUGAAUUAAGA